GUUUAGUCAUCAGUGGGUAGGGUCGGUAGCGAGCUAUUUGUCUUGAAAUCUGUAUACUUUGUUGUGAAGAAAACACAUUUGGAGAGUUGAGAAACCGAUACACACAAACUCGACCCAAAGAAAACGUUUUCCGUACGGACUUCCGUAAUUUUAUCGGCGUCAAGAGUUACCAAAGGUAACCCAAGCGAUUUAUGCGGUCCCAGGCGCUUUGAGCCAUGCCUGGCCACAGCACAGGGGCUCCCCAGAAGUCCCGCCACGACAAACAACACAGCGGACACAGCACCAGGGCUGACGGCUAUAAGCAGGGCCGCACCAUCUCUAGAGACAGUACCGCAAGCCAAGAGUCCUACAAGGACCCCCAUGCCGACCACAACACAAGGGAACAGUACCAUGGAGACCACUCCCGUCACUCUGAGGGCCAGCAAGGCCGCAGAGGAGCCCCCCCAACACGACACGUCAACGGGCGGGGGUCAGAGACACUGGGCUUCAUCCCUGGCUCAGCAGACUCUCCCCAGAGCACAAAUGCAUGUGGCUCCUGUGCCUCUAUGGGCUGGAGCGGCUGCAAGACUCUCCUCUGCUGUAUCUUCACCUGUGGCUUAUAUGGCAGCCAGGAUCCCUGUCUGCCUGUCAACAACGAGAGCUCCACGGACCACCCCAGCAAGGCCGAUGCUGAGCAGCCCCACCCCCCUAACGGCAUGUCCGUGUCCAACCCCACCUGCGGCAUCCCUCUGGAGCCCAGCAUCAAGCCUUCCAAGCAGCCCUCCAAGCUGCCUCCCAGUGACAGCUUCCGCUACAAGGACGUCCGCAUCGGGGGCCAGACGGUGGUCUAUCCCACCUCGUUGUCGGGCCCCAAACGGACGCGUACGGGCGGCAAGGGCGACAGCCAGCGUCCUGUCAGCAACACCAGCACCAUCUACUCCCGGGAGGACCUGGAUCUGGACGACCUGAGCGACAGCGGCACGGACAUCGACUCGCUCAUCACUAAGAAACUUCUAGAGCUCUACGCGCUGCACCAGAUCGACCAACUGGCCAAGUGCACAUCUGACUCGUCGUUCUCAAGGAAGACCAAUGAGAUCAGCGAGCUGAUCAGCAGCAUUGCUCAGGACUACAACCUGGAGCAGCAGGAGGCAGAGUGCAGGCUGGUGCAUGGUGUGAUCCGCAUCAGCACACGCAAAGCCAAGAAGAACAAAAACUCCAACUCCCAGGAGCCAGUGCACCAGCAGCCGCGAGCAAACGGGAGGAACGACAGAGGGACCCUCCUUCCUGACAGUGGCAAUGAAACAAUGACAUACACAUUUAACAGCAGUGAGAUGGAGCCUGAGGUGAAAGUGUCGGAGCUGACCCAGUCGGACGAACUAGCCAGGAAGAUGAGGCACUACAGUGGAAGAACCUACUCCUCCAGCUCAGCUACAGCCUACUCUCCCAACCAGCAUGACACAGAGACCGACUCGUCAGGGGCCCCACUGCUGCACGUCCUCUGAACGUCAUGACAAGGUCAACACAACGUCCAGGGCACAACAUUUAUCAAGGGCCUCAACCGAACUGGGGCUGGCUGUUGUGUGAUAGUGGGAAAUGUUUGUUCAUCAGCCUAUUGUUCCUCCAACACUGUCAUGCUUUCCUGUCAUUCCUCCAACACUGUCAUGCUUCCCUGGAACUGUAAUAUAAGGACAGAGUGACAGAGAGGAUCUUAAGUGUUGGACUAUUGAAGCCAUCUCCUCACUCUGGUGUGGAAUCAGCAUGUCCUUCCACACCAUGGAACCAUCCGUGAGUGGGACUCAGGCCUGCUUACAAGGGGGAAGGGAGAAAUGGUGGCACCACUCUACGGGUGCCCAAUUGGCACAUAUCUGAACAUCGGAAAAACAAGGGAUUAUUUUAUUUUUUUUACAGGGGAAGAAAACGAUGGACUUUUAUUGUGUAUUUGCGUGCUAUGUUGCAAGUUGUUUUUAUACCAGUUAUGUUGUUGCCUUGCCACUCCAAGCAGAGACACUAAAAUCACUCCAUGCCAUUUUAACUCAGUCCUCAGUAAAGUGACUGACCAUAAUGCGUAACCGUCCCUGUUUUAGUGUGUGUGACUGUGUGUGCGUGCGUGACUGUGUGUGCGUGCGUGACUGUGUGCGUGCGUGACUGUGUGUGACAGUGCGUUAGGGCAGAUUGACACCCUGCCAUUUGGACCCAGUAGCAGGCUUAGCUUCAUACUUUACAUUCAGUGUCUAAAGGAGUUCUUUUUUUACAAAACUUUUUUCCAAGUAAACUUUGCUUCUUGGUUUGUCUAAACAUCUAUUUUGGAAAUGGGGCAUUGGAUCAAUUAAAAAAAAAGAAAAGUCAAUGUAUAGUUACAUUUUUAUCCAAAUAAAAAAAGGAAUGAAUCCCCUUGCCUGU